GACCAUCCGAAACCUAAAGAAAGAACAUAUUAUUCCAUUUCCAUUUUCACCCCGUUAAAAAACCAGCCAUGAAGACCUCUAUCGCUCUACUCAUCGCUGUCGCUGUCAGCGUCAUGGGCCGGCCCACGUCAGAGACGCUAAGCGCCCGAUGCCCUCCCGAGGGUGCUCCCUGUGGCUAUUAUAUCGACUGUUGUCCGGGACUUACGUGCAAAAACUACUAUUUCGAGGGGAUCGGCAAAUGUGCACCCGUUGACGACUGUGACGACCCCUGAGCAACCGCGGCUCGCAGCGCGAGACGGAACCCGAGAUCGUUCUGUUGCGUGUCCGAACCGUGGGUUUCGGUGCCAUUUGUUUU